UUGAAGUGUGAGAUUUGACGACAAAAACAGUGUUUGAACUGUAGACGGCACAUUGGGCAUUUUCUUGUUUUUCAUUUAGUGAGUGGCUCAGACGUCGAGUACUCUGGUAAAGCUGUUUUUUCGCUUUUACGUUUUUUAAAUGUGUUUUACUUAUAUUUUCCCGAGUUAAAGAGACGUAUAACCCUGCUAGUCACGUGUUAGUUAACAAGGUUAGCGGCUAAGCAGUGCAGUAAAAAUGGAGGACUACAACAGGCCGUCGUCCUAUCUCGAUGAUCCCCCAAACAGUCGGCUGUUUCUGGUCACCAGCAAAUCCAUCACCGAGGACAUUAUUCGGGAGCGUUUUUCCCCUUUCGGUGAAGUGCAAGACAUUUGGGUGGUGAAAGACAAACAAACGAAAGAAUCGAAAGGAGUGUCUUUUGUGAAAUUUGCCAAAUCCUCACAGGCGUGCACCGCUAUGGAGGAAAUGCACGGCAAAUGUCUGGCUGAAGGAACCAAACCCAUUAAGGUGUUCAUCGCCCAGUCCAGAUCUUCCGGGAGCCACAGAGAUGUAGAGGAUGAGGAACUGACCCGAAUCUUUGUCAUGAUUCCCAAAACAUUUACUGAAGAUGAUCUGAAAGAGACUUUCAAGACCUAUGGAGAUAUAGAGUAUGCCAUUGUCAUCAAAAAUAAAUCUACAGGGGAGAGUAAGGGUUUGGGCUACGUCAGGUAUCACAAACCCUCUCAGGCUGCCAAGGCUAUAGAGAACUGUGACAAAACAUUCAGAGCCAUCCUCGCCGAACCAAGGACGAAAAAUGCACCAGCCGACAAUGAAUAUUUCAGCAACCAAAGAUCGGAUCAUGCAGCAAAUGAGCCAGGCUUAAGUGCCUACCCAUUUGGUGCAGAGUCUAGUACUUACACUGCUGGAGAAGGCUGGAACUCUGACUUGAUAACUAGGUGCCUGAUGGUGUCAUCGCGUGUACCCAUCGCACAGGAGCAGAUUUAUAACCUGUUUGAUCUGAUCCCAGGAAUGGAAUACUGUGAAAUGCAGAGAGACCAAUAUGGUUUCAGUAAAGGCCAGGCUAUGAUUCGUUACAGUAAUCUGGGUUCAGCUGUGUAUGCUAAAGAUAAACUGAAUGGCUUUGAGUAUCCACCUGGAAACAGACUUUCUGUGAGUUUCAUUGAUGAUGGAGAGGACAGGACCAGCCCAGUAGGGAAGAUGGCCAUGCAGUUGGUUGCAGCCCAGAUGAUGUCUAUGGUGUGGAACGGCCCCUCUGGAGCUCAACUAAUGAAGACCACUGCAGGUUAUGCAACAUCAUCAAUGCCCCAGAAGCCUCGUGUUCAGACAGAUGUUGUCCUCCCCUCUCAUAAGAAACUGGCUUCUUCUGACAGUGUGGUCAAAGAGAGGCUUUUUGUCAUCUUCAACCCCUCACCGCUGCCAGUGGACAUACUGGAAGAUGUGUUUUGUCGUUUUGGCUCUUUGGUGGAGGUGUACCUGGUGCCAGGCCGGAACGUUGGCUACAUUAAGUAUGCGGACCGAAAGCAUGCAAAUGACGCCAUGGCAGCCCUUCAUGGCAAAGUGGUAAACGGCGUGAAAAUGAAGGUCAUGCUUGCUGAUCCACCUAAAGAGGAGUCUCACAAGAGGCAGAGAACUUACUGAUGCAGCUUCAAAUUGGUUAAGGUAGGUCACAACUCCCGGUAAGGCAUCACCUUUAGUCCCAUCCCAUCAUUUGGCUAACUGAGGAACCUCAUCAUGCAGGUGUUUGUCAGUAUUGAGUUACACACUAAUGAGACAUAAUUACACUCGAACCAACACACUAAUGAUGUCAUCCCUUCAUUAAAGGCAUUUACGAGGUGAAAUGCAUGGACAAUUUUAAUAAUCACUUGUUUAUCACGCCCUGUCUUGGACUUCUUUUGAGUCUGAUUUUUAAUUUUGAUUCUUGAACAUUUGUCUUUAAAUUUGCGUGUGUAAUCAAGUAACAUUCUCUCUCACUGAUGGCUUCAAUCUGCUCGAGACCAAGCAUAAAGAAAACCUGUUUAUCUUUUGCAGGUCAGAUAAGCAGUCUACAAUUCUGUGCUAAUGAUUUUUUAUCUCCUCACAUAUUACCAGUUACUGAAUGGAAGAUGAAAUUAGAUUAAAUAUUGUUUAAAAAAAACCCCAAUGAUUAUCAUGCUGAUGAUUCUAUAAUCUGGCACUUUUACUUGUUUCUUCAUGAUGUUCUCACCUUUAAUGACAGAUUCUGUGGUUUUUUUGCAUCUCCGGAGUCUGUCGCUUCAAAUUCCUAGACGGAAAAUUUACUUUCCUAGUGAUGCUCUUUAACCUUUGCAAGCCCUUAAGGCACAUUUCUUCUUGAUGGAUGAAGUCUGUCGAACACAAGUGCAUGUCUAAAUUCUUUCAAACACACAGGAAGCAGAUCUCACUGCAGGGUGUUCUUGUAUAACUGGUUAUGCUGUCUUUGUUCCUACAGAGUUUAAGUGACAUGACGCAUGACCUCGACAUGACUGGACGGAUUUUUACGAUGACACGACCUCAUAGCUACGGACAGUGACUACUGUACAUAUUUUGUCGUGCUAUUUGUGAUGUUUUGCUUUGAGGAUGAAUGCUACGUCUCUUUUAAUACUGUAUUCUUUUUCCUAUAUGUAAUUAUGAAAAACACCUUUAAAUGGUGUAAAAGUCUAAAGACUGUGAAGACAAAGCUUAAGUGGACAGAACACACCACACAGACACCAGACAAUUAAUUGCUGUAUGCAGGUUUGUGUUUCAUGUAAAUGGUCUUCUAAUAAAAAAAUCCACCUGAA